AUGAACCCCACGGGUAUAGCAGACACCACCCUGGAUGAAAGCAUCUAUAACAAUUAUUAUCUUUAUGAAAGCAUCCCCAAACCUUGCACCAAGGAAGGUAUCAAGGCAUUUGGGGAGCUCUUCCUGCCCCCCCUCUACUCCUUGGUCUUUCUGUUUGGUCUGCUUGGAAAUUCUGUGGUGGUUCUGGUCCUGUUCAAGUACAAGCGGCUCAAGUCCAUGACCGACGUGUACCUGCUCAACCUCGCCAUCUCGGACCUGCUCUUCGUGCUCUCGCUCCCUUUCUGGGGCUACUAUGCCGCAGACCAGUGGGUGUUCGGGCUCGGCCUCUGCAAGCUCGUUUCCUGGAUGUACCUGGUGGGCUUCUACAGCGGCAUAUUCUUCAUCACACUCAUGAGCAUCGAUAGGUACCUGGCCAUUGUGCACGCGGUCUUCUCCCUGAGAGCGAGGACCUUGACUUACGGGGUCAUCACCAGCGUGGCCACGUGGGCAGUGGCUGUGCUCGCCUCCCUCCCAGGCCUUGUGUUCAGCACGUGUUAUACUGAGCGCAACCACACCUACUGCAAAACCAAGUAUUCUUUCAACUCCACGAGGUGGAAGGUUCUGAGCUCCCUGGAGAUCAACCUUCUAGGGCUGGUGAUCCCCUUGGGGAUCAUGCUGUUCUGCUACUCCAUGAUCAUCAGGACCUUGCAGCACUGCAAAAAUGAGAAGAAGAACAAGGCAGUGAAGAUGAUCUUUGCCGUGGUGGUCCUCUUCCUGGGGUUCUGGACCCCUUACAACGUGGUGCUCUUCCUGGACACCCUGGUGGAGCUGGAGGUCCUUCAAGACUGCACCUUUGAGAGACACCUGGACUAUGCCAUUCAGGCCACAGAGACCCUGGCUUUCGUUCACUGCUGCCUUAAUCCGGUCAUCUACUUUUUCCUGGGGGAGAAAUUUCGCAAGUACAUCGUACAGCUCUUCAAAACCUGCCGGGGCACUUUGGUGCUCUGCCAGUACUGUAGGCUCCUCCCGAUUUACCCCGACACCCCCAGCUCAUCUUACACACAGUCCACGGUGGACCACGACCUCCACGACGCUCUGUAAAAGAUGAAAAUGCAAAAAGCAGAGUUAAUAAGCUUCCCAAAUUAAGAGCUUAUUUAAAACUGUAUUGUAGUAAGAGUUUCCUGAACAAGUACCGGGAAGAAGAAUUAUAUCCACUGCAAAAAACUGUAGGGCUUCUCACCCUGCAGUCAGCUUUUCUUCCUGCCAAGUACAGGUUCAGUGUGGCCAGAGUUCACCCGGACCAAGGUGUCCUUCCUCGCACCAGGCUUUCCUGCAGGGAUGAGUAAACCCGAGGAGGAUUCUGAGCAGUGUUUCAAUGAGGAGAUGGAUGAUUUUGGAAAGGGAACACCAAUCCCUUCUAACCUGAACUCAUGGGAUUCUCCAGAGGGGACUGUAGAGAAUUGACUGGGGGAGUAAAUCGCUACUUCUUGCUGUGAAAAUGAGCCCUUUAAUUAACUUCUAGCUUUUUGUGAAACAAUAUAGAAAACUUCGGCAUGCUGUCCCAGUGUUUUCCUAAGAAUAUAUCUGAAGCAUGGUAUACUCCAUGAAGUCAGGUGUCUACAGAAACGAAUAGUGAAGUAAUGAACUUAGAUCUUGAUUCUUUUAUUGUAAAGGAUUAUUUGUUAAUGGAAGCCAAGCUUUCAAUGCUGAUUACA